GUAGCAGUACUGCAUAUUUGAAAUAUUAUAGUAAAGUAGUAAUAAUAAAAGCAAUCGUUACUUAAACAUUUAAAUUAAUUUACAGAAUAGCAAAGAUAAAAUCAGGCGCUCUAUCACUCUAAUUUCCCAGCAAGUCGUCGUGACUUGAACGUCUCAUAUCCAUGGUGACAGCAAAUAGAAACACCGUGUAUGUCCAAAAUAAAAAGCAAUGAAACUGUAUGGUCAGGUAAGGAAAAGUGAAGCAGGAUUAAGCAAGUUGUUAUUGCACCACUGUUACAAUUAGAUGACUUAGAUAAAAGUCAUUAAAGACGUAUUUACCGGCUGCCAAUAAACCGCAUAAAUAAAUAGAGGAAGAAAGCAAGAACUCACAGAAAGAGUUGUUUGUGGUACAGACAAAACACAGUAAAUACUAACUGUAUUAAAGUAGUACGAACAAAGAUGUCCCAUCCAGGCUUUGUAAGCCGCCUCAACGACCAGGACCGGGAGUUGUACGAAAAGAAAGUUGCAGUAGCUGGGUUCUACAGGCAGAACAGAAUCCCAGAAGAGAUGGAGAAAGCUCUGAACCGGCUGUUUUUUAAGCAGCCGGAAGACGUUCACGGAUACCUGGCAAGUUACUUCACAAAACUUUCUGCAGCGCCAAGGAUAAACCGACUGAAUGGGCGAAAGGUUUACGACACUAGAGGACAGCUGUCGGUUGAAGUGGAGGUCUUUUGUAUCAUCUGCAAUGAAGAACAGAAUGUUUGCUCAGCUUCUGUCUCAAGCUGCUUUGGGUCAAAUGAGUAUUCUGUGGACUGGAAACCCAACUGCCAGGAGAGAGCUGAGCAUGUGAAGACUGCUAUUGAGUGGAUUAACGAGCCCUUGAAUGACAUGCUAAAGGGCUACAACCCUUGUGACCAGUCACAAAUUGACCAUUUAUUAAGUAAAUUCUUCAUGACGCAAUAUUUGGAGUGGAAAGACAUCCUUCAGAGAAAGGAAGAGGAAAAAAUCUAUGGCUCUGGGGAGUCUGACGAUGGAUGUCCUCCUCCAACAGCUGCUGCGCCCACUAAAGAGAAGAGGGGUGACAGUAGAGCUAAAAAAACCACCUCUAUAGAAAAGGCAUUACCUCCUACUGAGCCAACGGAACCGGUUGUGCCUGGGAGCUUGGGGAUUGGAUCAGUAUCUCUGGCUGUUGCCAAAGCAGGGGCCAAAGUACAAGGCAUUCCACUCUACAAACACAUAGCAUCUCUGAAAACCCAAGAGACUCCAGCACAGUUACACAUCCCUAUCUGUCUGGUCACGUUGAUGAGUUGUGGAAAGGGUUCUCCCGGAAAACUGAGAUUAAUGGAGGAAGUUAUCCUGAUUCCAAAAGCAGGACAGAGUGUUACCGAGAUCAUCACAAUGACCUUUGAGUUACAGAAGGAGAUGAUGAAAAUAAUGAACGCGUCAACAAAAGCAGGGGUCACUCAGGCUGUUAUGCAUGAUAGUGGAGCACCGAUCCUGGGCUUUGAAAGAGCCGAGCAGCCGCUGGAACUCGUAGCUGAAGCUUCGGCUAACCUUGGGCUGGCACUUGGAGCAGAGAUCUACUUAGCCGUGAACUGUGCCGCCGCUGAGCUCAUGGACCAUUCUAAAGGAAAGUACGAAGUUGCGACGGGAAUGUUUAAGUCUCCGGAUGAAUUACUGGAUUUGUACCAAAGCCUGAUCAACAAAUUCCCAGCUCUGGUGGCUUUAAUAAACCCAUUUAGAAAAGAGGACAACGAGCAGUGGGAGAAGCUGAGGAACGCGAACACAGACUCCUGUUCACUGCUAUUCGAGGGAAAGGCCCCGCCCCCUCCAGCAGUCAGAGGUUACGUGGUAAAACACAUCCACGACACCACUGUCAGCGAUUUGGUUCACUUCGCGUCAGAAAAGCAAGGUAAUAGAUUAACUGAUUCAGAAUUACAGUUCAGGCAAGAAAGAAAACGGCAUGUUUCACUCAGACACUGUGUUCUCCCCCCUCAGGCUGUGGGUCUCGGACUGGACUAUAUCAAACUGGGAGGUCUGAUCGGUGCUGAGAGGAUGACAAAGUACAACCGCCUGCUUUCUAUAGAGGAAGAACUGGCCCAACGAGGAGCCCAGGUCUAUAAGGAGAGCCACUCUGCUCCACUGCCUGCUGAAAAAAUAAAAGAGGCGCAGAUGCUGCACGAGCAGACGCAGCAAGAACUUCAGCAGCAGCAGCAGCAGCAAGACAUGGCCGAAGCAGAGGGAGCUCCAUCAGAGGCCUGAUGGGAGAUCGCAACUCCCAGCUUCUGCGAAGACCAGUAAAUGUUUGACUUCUUUUUUACACCGCGGAAAGAAACCUUGCCACACGAUUGAACGACGAGCGUGACGUGAGGAGCCUCGGCAGGAAGACCUCAUUAGAUACGGAGGAUAUGAAGAGACAAACGGACACAAAGACUUCUUUUCUUUCCUCCUCGUCCCCCUCCGAAGCGGCUCCACCGUUCCCUGACACUCUACCCUCCGACAUGUUAUCCAUGAUAAUUCACCCAUCCUUCUGCAAACCUUUGUCACCUAAGCACGGCGAAUGUGCCGUUCCACACGCGAGAUUAAAGUGUAAUCCCCUUCCUAAGGCACUUCCUGUUUCUGCGCUUGUUCCUAAAUGUGCGGUUCAAUAAAGUUUAAAGCCUUUGAAGAGCA